AUGUCCCGUCAUGAAGGUGUCAGCUGUGAUUCAUGCAUGAAAGGAAACUUCCGCGGUAAACGAUACAAGUGUUUGAUUUGUUAUGAUUAUGACCUGUGCUCCACUUGUUACGAUGCUGGUGCAACUACUACAAGACAUACCACAGAACAUCCAAUGCAGUGCAUACUCACAAGAGCAGAUUUUGAUGUAUUCUACGGAGGUGAAGCUCUGACAGCAGAACAGCCUCAAGCAUACACUUGCCCAUAUUGUUCUAGGAUGGGGUUUUCAGAGAGUAGCCUUCAGGAGCAUGUUACGGCAGAUCAUUCGGAUACUUCCGCAGAAGUGGUUUGUCCUAUCUGUGCUUCUUUACCAGGAGGAGACCCAAAUCAUGUGACUGACGACUUUGCAGCUCACUUAACUGUUGAACAUAGGACACCCAGGGAUUUCGAUGAACCCCCUGGACUCCGCCAUGUACGACGCAUUCCACAUCCAGGUCGAGGUGUCGGUGGUUCGAGAACACGCCGUGCCAACAUGCAACACUUUGGCACGGGUGGCUCCACCCUGACAGGUCUUUCACCAAGUAGCAGAGAGAACAUGGAUCCAAUCGCAGAGUUGUUGUCACAGCUGUCGAGUGUCAGGAACCGUGCUGCGGCAGCACAGAGUGUGCCCUCACAGCUCCAGCAGUUGGAGAUGCAGUUACAGUCUACAAGACAACAGCUGGAACGCCUGCCACAGAGACCACCAGCAGAGCAGUGCAAGCCACCAGCCACAAGCCACCCUGUUCCCUCACAGUCAGAGCCAGCUAGCGUUUCAGGUGCUGCGGCCAAGUCAGAUUCCCAGUUUCUUCUCACAAAAUUGUGUGCAGAGAGUUCUUGCAAUGAUUUGGGUGCAAAUGCAGGAGAGAGUGAUCUUUUGCAGCGCAAUAUGUUUGCGCAGGAGCUGUUGCUAUCUACAUUAACAGAACAGCUGAGUUUGAUAGCAGAUGUUGAUGCAGAUGAUCCCAGUUACAUCCUGGAAACCCUUCGUUCUCCGGGAGUAGAGGGUGAACAGAGUUCACCAUCCGCUCCAAAGGAGAACAGAAAUACAAAUGGGUCCCAUGCCAAACAGCAGAACACCCGAACGGCAAACACAGCUGUGGGAGGAGCCGUGGAUAAAACAGCCGAAGGUAGGGUAGCUAAGCCAGUGUCUGCUGGACCGGUGAAGGACAGUUCCUGGGGCUAUGUGGACAGUGCUGCGUCAGCCGGCAGUCCUCGCCAAGUCUGUAGUCCCAUCACUGUUGCAAACUCUGUGGCUAUUCAUAACCCACAUCUAGGGUCUUCGGGAGGGGUAACUUUAGUACCAGGCAGGGCUACAUCUGUUCCCCAUGGGGGUAGGGACAGGGGUUUGAAUCCUGCUUCAGCCAAACGGAGCAUGCUCAAACACAUGCCUCCACCACGGGGAGCUACAGACACAGACCAGCCACCCCAUUAG